CAGCGGCCACCAUCACAUGAACGUCAAUGAAAACACACACACACACAUACAUCAUCACACUUAGCUAAACGGCUACUUCCCGCUCACCUGACCAGCACAACAUCCGCACCGUCCCGCUUUCGACAAGCGCAUGACUGGGGAUGUCUGCGUCCGACUGGUACGCUCACAAGUCGCUCGGAGACGGACUCUUCUGGAUCCAGGAGCGAUUCUUCCAGUCAGAGAACCGGGCCAACAUCUGGCUGCUCCGCGGCUCGCACCAGGACGUGGUCAUAGACACCGGUCUGGGCUUGAGGAGCUUACCGGACUACAUCGACUCUAAGGGGCUGCUCGGCAAGGAUCCGCAGAGGAAGAACCCGCUGCUCGCCAUCGCCACCCACGCCCACUUUGACCACUCGGGCGGUCUGCAUCAGUUCCAACAGGUGGGCGUCCACAGCGCCGAGGUCGAUGCUCUGGCCAACGGAGACAACUUCGAGACGGUGACCUGGCUCAGCGACAGGGAGAUAGCCGAGUCUCCGAGUCCAGGCUGGAGGGCAAGGCACUACAAAGUGAAGGCUGUGCAGCCCACACACAUCCUGCAGGAGGGUGAUGUCAUCAACCUGGGUGACCGGCAGCUGACGGUGCUCCACAUGCCUGGUCACUCUCGCGGCAGCAUCUGCCUCCACGACCACGACAAUAAGCUGCUCUUCAGCGGAGACGUCGUGUACGACGGCGCCAUGAUCGACUGGCUGCCGUACAGCCGCGUCAGCGACUACAUCAGCAGCUGCGAGCGUUUGGUGGGACUGGUGGACAGUGAACAGGUUGACCAAGUCCUGCCAGGACACUACAACACCUUUGGUGCCAAGCGUCUCCAUCGCCUCGCGUCCUCCUACAUCACCAGAGCCGGGACGUGUCCCGCGAAGUUCUCCACGUUCGCCUGGAGGACGGUGGCCGGCGUGGCUCUGCGGGCCUGUAACCCCCGCAGUGCCUGUUAAUGAAGAGGGGGGGGGUAUGAUCGUGGAGCUGGAGGGGGAAGCAAGAAAUGCACAAAGACAAAAUGUUUAAAAUGUGAAAGACGGUGAGGACGGACACACACAUACACACACACACACGGACACACACACUCCUCAUGUGUCUGUACCUGCAACAUUUAUUCACUUAUGUAAUCCAACAGAAUUCAUGUAAUUGCCAAACUUUAUGUAAAAAAUGCCCUCAUUGGGUUACAUAAGUCAAUAAUCAGCCUCAUAUGAAGCAUAUAAGUAUUUAUUAGUGUGAUGAAGUUAUAUAUGUAUAUAUAUAUAUAUAUAUACUGAUGAUAAUGUAUUGUAUGUUUAAGUAUGUCUGAAUAAUAUGAUUCCUUUUUUUUAUAUACUUUAAGCAGAUGUUUAGUUACAACAGCACAACAAGGACACAACAACAACAAUGCACUACAAACAGAAAACAGGGAGCUAUGGGUUUUGCGGCUGAAACAAUAUGGCCAUAGUAUUUCUCUAUGCAUACUAUAAUGCUCAGUGAAGACUCGGUAUCAACUACCUCCUAUGUUUGUAAUGAGUGCUUUGUAGUAUUGAAGGAUCAACAGCUUUGCUAUUGAAAUAUUGACAAUAAAGCCCGUGUUCUACCUA